AUGCAGGUCGCCCAGAUGCUGCGCCGCGAAUACGCUGGGCUGGAGGUGGUAGGAUCUCAUUAUCCAAUACAUCCAACAAAAGCUGCGAUUGCCCAGAUGGUUGGCGCAGGCCAAAUGGCGGGAAUAGCCUUGUCAUUGUUUGGCGACCGGAUCUUGCCAGCUCUGGGUAUCUCAGAGCCUAUUCCAAUGGUUGCCAAUCUACAGAAGAACAAGUAUGCCACCUGCAUGUUGUUCUGGUUUCUUGGAGGCACGUUGCAACAGAACCUGAUGAAGACGUCUGCAUUUGAGGUUUAUUUUGAUGGGCAGCUGAGUGACGGAUUGUGGAGUGCGACCCUUCGCAUUAGCUCAUCCUCACCAUUCAGUACAUGGUUUCUGUCGCUUUGCACCGCUCGGCACUGUGUCUUCGCCCCAUCAGCCUGA